AUUUUUUUCAGAUCCAGCAGAGAGAAUUAUUUAAUAACUAAUUUCAGGACUUGUCGAGAAAGGUGCCGCUGAAUAAAUCAUUCGUUUUUUCAAACAGACGAUGGAUUGCCGAGGAGCCGGUAUCCUGGUGACUCAUCAAUAAUUUAAAUUUAAGUACUGCAAACGAAAUUCCGUUGAGAGGAAAAUAACGAAAUCGAACUAGUCUGUCAUUUGAAUUGUUCGUCCUGGAUGUGAUUGCCCUAUUCCCUCUGAAGAUUAUCAACCACUCUUGCAUUUACCCACGCCCCCAAAAACUCGUGAAAGUGUAGGAUUCCAUCAGGAAGUGACUUUUUCUCGUGCAUCAACUGCGGUUGAUGGACUUUCAUCGAUGAUUCAUGGGCCAGUGUCACCUGCAAUGAAAGGCGACCUGAGUGGCCACUUGCUGUUUUGAACGUGAGUCUCCGGACGGGAAAAAUGAAUAAAACAGAGUUGGAAAAAUAUCGGGAUGAAAAACUAUCGAGACGAAUUGUCCAGGUCGAUAUAAUGAGAACGAGGAGAUCCCUUUGGUUUUCAGUCUGAAAGAACCUCCGAAACAAUUCUCACUGCUUCGACGUAGUUGGCUACGCAUCAUGAUUACCAAAUAUUCCCUGAUCCUAUCUAUCAUUAAUUUAAUUUUAUCAGAGAGUGCAUUCGGCUCUAGUAUUAUUCAGCGCAGACGUCCCCUGAAUUUUUCAUACACAGGAGAUACGGGAACUGCUGCGACUGGUGGAUCAAUGAGGAUUGAUAAAAAGGUAGAAGCUGGUGGUGGAGAUAAUCAUAAAGAGGAGCAUUACGAAGCCUCUAGAGAGAAGGAUGAAGAGGGCUACAAAACUCACCACGAGGCGGAAAAAGCUGCCAAGGGCCAUCAUGACAAGGACAUCCACAAGAAGGACUACAGCGAACAAGAAGGACACGAGAGGGAGAAACACGGGGAGGAGAAGCAUUAUGCUGAGCAUCACAGCGGUGACAAGGGUGAGAAAGAAGCCAAAUUCGAGGAGAGUGGCAAACACAAUAAGGGACACAGCACCAAAGGACAGCACAACAUCUUCAAGAAGGAUGAAUAUGAAAAGAAACAUGAUUUUUAUGAUGAGUAUCAUGAGAGCGACGAGGAGGAGAAGCAGGGGGGAUACCUGCAGAAGCAUGAAGGGGCGAAGGGUGGGAAGCAUCACAGUGGUCAUCAUUCUGGUGGUGGAGAUGAGCAUCAUCAUGGCAGUAAGAAGGGCUACAAAUCUGGUCAUCAUCAUUCUGAUGACAAGGGUCACAAUGCUGCGGAGGGUCAUUCAAAGCAUCAUAAACAUGGCGAGAAGCAUGGAUCGAAGAGUGGACACUCAGGAGCCAAGAAAUGGGUGCACAAGAGUGGAGGACAAUAAGUUUUUUAUUGAUAAAAUAUAAUUUU